UGCAUGCCACAACCCAUAUUUUACCAUCAAAUUUGACAUCAAAGUAUUUUUUUCCAUCGGAAAAAGAAACAUUAGUAUGGAGGGGAAGAGAGGACCAGAGAAUAAUAACCAGCAGAGGGAGCCGAAGGUACGAGGUCAAAACCCGUAUAGAGGGAUUCGGAGGCGGCCGUGGGGUAAGUUUGCAGCUGAAAUUCGUGACCCUACGAGAAAUGGAGCACGGCUAUGGUUAGGCACAUUUGAGACAGCUGAGGAGGCAGCAAGGGCUUAUGAUCGAGCUGCUUUCGGCUUUCGAGGCCAUUUAGCCAUACUCAAUUUUCCAAAUGACUACCAAUAUCACAACCCUUCAAGCUCUAUGAGCACUUUAUCUUCGUCUUCAUCUUCUGCUUCUUCCUCAUCUUUAUUUCCGGGCGUGGAUCCUGGAAGGAGUAUUAAUUUUGGAAGAGGCCAGGAAGAAGACGAAGUUAUUGAGUUUGAGUAUUUGGACAACAAUCUCUUGGAGGACCUUCUUGAUACAAAAGAAGAUCAUCAUAGGCAGGGGCAACCAACACAGUAAGCAAAGAAGUUCACGGAUAUUUAGCAUUCUUUGUUUGGGUUUUUCCUAUUUAACUCUUUACCUCCAAAAAAUUGAAAAUAAGAGGUACUUUUAAUUUGCAUCAUCUGAAUUUGUUCCAUAGUCUCCAACUGUUACUGUUGAUUUUUUUUUUUCAUAGAAAUUAUCAUUUGGUUGAUUUAAUUCGGAGUACAAUCAUAAUCUUGAAAGAUGAGAUAUUGAAUAGUUUUAAGAAGAUUGUAGUGCCAAACUAAUGCGCUGCCCAAUUGAUAAAGCGGGGAUAUUGCUAACCGAUGAACAGAAAAUUUUCAUCUUAGACAAAGGACUGAGAACCCCUUGUUUCUAUGAUCCAUUAUCCCAACCAAUUUUCAUCUUAGACAACAUACAAAUGGUAGUUUUAUUAAGUUAUUAACACACCACAAUUUGUUGAACACAUUUCAUUUAAAAAUUUAGAAAAAUGUUAGAGAUAUCAUAUUUUGUACUACAUUAGUGUACAAUCUAAUGUGACAAGUGGUGUGUGCUACGUCAAUUAAUUAUUUCAUUGGAUGUUAAUCGUAUGCAUUACUUGCCAUGGAGGAUGUAGAGCGACGACAUAAAUUUAUCAUUUUAUAUUGUUUUUGUUUGACAAUUUCCAAGAAUUAUCUUGAAGUUUGGUUUUGAUUUCUCUUUAGGGGGAGUUUGCUAGUUUGAUUUCUCUUUAUAGGAGAGUUGCUUCAUUUUAAUUUUUUUUGUUUUGGUGUACAUCUCUUUUGGAUCUAUGUGUGAAGGGUGGAGUUGUUUGAUUUGUUAGAUCUACUUCACUUGGUGCUCUGAGAUCGUGGUGGCUCAUGGGCAUCUUUCUCCCUGUCCCAAUAUGAUUUGAGAUUUUUGUUCUCACAUGAUCGCUGUGUAACACGAGAUUUAAUGAUUUUA